CAGGCUUUAAAAUCAGCCAAAAAAUAUACUAUCUAAAUAUAGAUAACAUCUCUCUGUGUGUUAAAGCAGCGGUUGAGAGCAGAUCAAGUUUCAGUACAAUUACUCUGUGAGAUCUUCUACAGAUUUACAGUGAUUGAGUUGGCAGACAUAGUUUCCUCUUUAUAGCACAUCAUGGCUGUUAAAAGUACAGAGGAGAAGAUUUGAAGGCCCAAUAUUAGCUAUCCGGUGUCUGUUGACUUACGUUUGGACGGGGUGUGUGUUUCUGCUUAUACAAACAGGCUUCACCCACCAUGGACUUCAAGCUUCUAAGGGGAGGUGACUGAUUCUGAGGCGCUGGAACCGCAGAGCGUUGCUUCCUGUGAGGAUGAACCUGACAGGCUGGGCUGAGGUGAAGUGGACAGACCGGUCUAAUUCCUCGGCACAGCCACCGCCGCCACACCCUUGGGGCAGCAAUGACACCUUUUCCUUCCCAGGAGACCUCCAAGACAUCAUCCACACAGCCACCUUGGUCACGUGUACCUUCUUGUUGGCCGUCAUCUUCUGCCUGGGCUCCUACGGCAACCUCAUCGUCUUCCUGUCCUUCUUCGACCCGGCCUUCCGGAAGUUCCGCACCAACUUUGACUUCAUGAUCCUCAACCUGUCCUUCUGCGACCUCUUCAUCUGUGGAGUGACCGCCCCCAUGUUCACCUUCGCCCUGUUCCUGGACUCGGCGGCGGGCAUCCCUGACGCUUUCUGCUUCACUUUCCACCUCACCAGCUCCGGCUUCAUCAUCAUGUCCCUCAAGACGGUGGCCGUCAUCGCCCUUCACCGGCUCCGCAUGGUGUUGGGGAAGCAGCCCAACCGGACGGCCUCUUUCCCUUGCACCCUUUUGCUCACCUUGGCCUUGUGGUCCAUGAGUUUCACCCUUGCGACGCUGGCCACCAUGAGGACCCAGAAAUCCCGCCUCUGCCUCCCCAUCUCCAGCCUGGUCAUCGGCGAGGGGAAGGUCGUCCCUUACUUGUACGUCAUCGACUUCAUCUGCUGCGUGGCGGUGGUUUCUGUCUCCUACAUCAUGAUAGCCCAGGCUUUGAGGAAGAACGCCCAGGUGCGCAAAUGUCCCCCCAUCAUCACAGUCGAUGCAUCCAGGCCUCCGCCAUUGAUCGGACCUCUUGCUGCUGGGCGCACUGACGGCGUGCAGUGCGCCGUGCCCGCUCUCUACAGAAACCAAAACUACAACAAGCUGCAGCACAUCCAAACCCAUGCGUACACAAAGAACCUCAGCCAGCUGCCUGCAACUGCGGCCAGCAGGUUCCAGCUGGUGUCGACGGUGAACUUGUCGACAGCCAAGGACUCGAAGGCCGUGGUGACGUGCGUUGUCAUUGUCCUUUCGGUGUUAGUCUGCUGCCUUCCUCUCGGCAUCUCCCUGGUCCAGGACGUUCUGUCCCGGAACAGCGGCUUCAUCCUCUACCAGUUCGAACUGUGCGGGUUCACCCUCAUCUUCUUCAAGUCUGGGCUGAACCCUUUCAUAUAUUCCCGGAACAGCGCGGGGCUGAGGAGGAGAGUCCUUUGGUGCCUCCAGUACUUUGCCCUCGUCUUCUUCUGCUGCAAGCAAAAGACGCGGCUCCGCGCUGUGGGCAAAGGGAGCCUCGAGGCCAACCGCAACAAGUCGUCCCACCACGAGACCAACUCCGCUUACAUGCUGUCUCCGAAGCCUCAGAAGAAGUUUGUGGACCAAGCCUGCGGUCCGAGUCACUCCAAGGAAAGCAUGCUGAGCCCAAAGGCUUCCGCCGGCCGCCAGCAUUACGGGGCCCAAAGCAGCUCCACCCCUAUGAACACUCGCAUCGAACCUUAUUACAGCAUCUAUAACAGCUGCCCUUCCCAGGAAGUGAGCCCUCCUAACAGCCUACAGCCCACAAACUCUCCCUUUGGAUUCGCCAACUCCUACAUCGCCAUGCACUAUCACGCGAUGACAGAUGUGGGGCGUGAUUUCGACAAUACUUCUGCUAAGCAGAUACCCGUUCCCUCGGUGUAGCUACUGGGAGCUGAGACUCUUAACGUUUGACUGCAGUGGUGGCUGACAUUUUUCUUUGUGGGGUGUGUGUGUCCGUGUGGCAAAUAUGCCCCCACGGGUCAUCCAAAGCAUGAUAUCGUGCCCCUCUCAUACGCAUCACAGCAGGGAUAGCCGUGGUGGUGCCCUUCAGAAGCUGGACUACAACUCCCAUCCACACUGGCCAGGGAUGAUGGGAGUUGUAGUCAAGCAACGGCUGGAGGGUGCCAGGUUGGCUACCCAUGUUCUAGGGUGGUUUUGCCUUCAGUCUGCUGAGCAGCUGGCGCACGAAGGCACAGGAGCAGCUAUGCCCCUGCCAGGCUUCUGAGCUCUCCUGUCCCAGCCUGCUUCUGAUAUUUGGUUUCACAGGUUGGCCACAUGCUUUCCUGCCAUCUCCCAUCUUUCAAAAUUUCUGGUUACUAGUCCCCAAGGCUUAGUGGGUGUUAUACGCCCACCCUGCCCAAAGUAUUCCUUCCGCCACCCUCAAAUACAAUGUUGAAUCUGCUUUUUCUGUCAAGAGCUGCCAACCACGAAACCCCCUGUGGUAUUGUUUUGCCGUUUUUUGUGUGUGUGGUAUCCUCGUGAAAGUGCACUACUGUUUUAAACAUUGACAGAGCUUUCUAAAAGGUUCUACUCUGAAUUUUGCAUGUGUGUGUGUGUGUGUGUGUGAGAGAGAGAGAGAGAGAGAGAGAGAGAGAGAGAGAGACUGGUUCGAUGCGGAACCUUGCUUUUCUAUUUAUUUAUUGAAGAGUGUUUAAUUGUGCUGGUUGGCAAAGCAUGUGAAGUAGCAACCCUAUCCCCAAACCAGGAUUGGGACCAGGAUUGAGAGGGCUUUCAGCACCUCCUGCACUGGUGGACCCCCCACUGCUGAUGCCUGUUCUGGACCCUCUUUUAAUUUAAUUUGUUCCCCACAAGUGCAGUGGGCUUCCCAACUGUGGAAGCAAUCAUAUCACUUCCUCCCCCCCCCCCAUCCCAUCGUCUCUGUGUUAACUCAACCUCUGGGGUAUUGUGGGAGGGGGCGCCGGAAUGGGAUACGCAAGAUGGUGGCUGGAAGCUGCUCAGCUCUAUCAUCAUAACUAUUAUUAUUAUUUAAUUACAAGUUGUCAGAAGAUGGGCUCCUCAGAGAGUCGGGCCAUAGCUCCUGUGAAAGAAUACAGCCCAAGCGCCGAAGCCUCGCCUAUCCCCAAACAGUUGUAUGUAUACUCUUGUCAGGACCAGAGUUUAUUUUACGGUUUUGCUUUGCUGCGUUUCGAAAGAAUUCCGAAUGCUACACGCACUGGGAAAACUUUACACAAAGUGUUUGGGUUUACGGUUAACAAGGAAAUGUAAACUUUUAUGUAUGUUAACGACAUGAGAUCCCUUCCUCUCGGCAAGAUCUGCGUCAGUCUUGUAAAUAAUUCAAAGUUACUAGUCCACAGCGUUUCUCUGUUUGCUGAUUUGUCCAAAACCUUAACGCGUUUUGAUUCGUGAAUGACAUGAAAGGCAACCACACUUACCAUUUCCUGUCACUGGCAACAAAGCAUAUGGCUAUUUACAAGCCCUUUUUUAAAUACCCCUCUGCACCCCCAUCCCUUCUAAUAUAGACCUGUUCUCAUUCUCCAGUCAGAACAGUCUAUGGGGAUUGUGUUACUUUGGCAGAGCGUUCAAUCCCACCUCCCACCCCUUCCCCAGAAGUGGUACAUCCUAGCAAGGCAACUGCAGCGUAUUAGGAUUUCUGCUUGCUUGUUUUAACUCUGGAUAUGGUGAGGGGUUGGGCACGCACAUGCAAUUUUAAACUCUUGCGAAUCACAAAGGGUAGAAGGCAACCAAACUCCCUGCCUGCACCCCUCUCUCAACCCCUAUUAAAAGUUGAGAUUUCAAGGGCCCAAUUUCCGCACUUCCCAUUCUUGCAUAAUGUAAAUGCUCUUUGCAAGAGCCUGCCUCUCUUCUUGUUACAUGAUUAUAUGUGUCUUUUGCAAUAACUGUCUCAUAAUUGCGGACCAACUGUACUACGCCAGCAUCGGUGCUUAUAAAAUGGCCAUUCUAGAAAAAAAAUAUAAAGGACUGAUUUUAUUUUUUAUUUUUUUAUUUUGCUAGAUAAUCAUAGGCGCCCUAAGAGCUAACACAAGCAAAACUGAGCAUGUGAAUGAUGGUUGUGCAGAAUCUGUUAGGGAAGUAAUAUUUUGCUGAAAACAUUUCACGUUUGUCAUUUUCGCAUUCCCAAAAUGUUAGAGGAAGAACCUUGCUGUUACCCCUUGUGUUUCUUUGGUAUU